AUGAAAUUACUCACAAUCCUCCUCUUCGUCGCCAUUAUCGGCCUUGCUGUCGCUAAGCAUCCGAAAAAGCCGAAACCUCGCAAGCCUCCGACCGUCUGCGACAGCGAAAACUGCAAGUGGUGCUGCGACGAAAUUAGUAAAUGCGACUCUCAAUGCGCUUUCUGGCAUUCCCACGAAUACUGCCGACCCAUCUGUCAGAGGGAAUGGUGCGAGGGCGAGAGAGGAAAAACAUGCAAGGACGAGUGUAAGCUCAACUACUGCAAAAACGACUCGGCCUCUGCGGGCACAGAUCUCGAGGGCGACACAGCAGAUGGGCUCAAUGCUACCGUGGUUGUCAACACGACCGAAGUCAAUGCGAAGGAGUAA